AUGGAACCAGACGGGUUUUUGCCCGAAGAAGUGUUGACCGAGCGCCGGGAAUUCAUCCUCAAUUCCCUCAACCAGCUCUACUCGGAGGCCGAUAAAUUCGUGAUCCCGCCCAUUCCUGAAAAGAAACCGGUCAAAGCCGACGAUCACCAUAUCGAGUUCCCUCACCACGAGAAUAAGCGACUCUUUCGCCCGCCGCUUCAAGUGCAGCGCAACCGCCAUGCCUACGACAAAUUGUUUGAGGCUAAGGAGCAAGGGGUCAACGUCAAAAAAAUAGCCGUGCUUGGCUGCGGCGCCUUGUCCUUCGAGCGCUACCUUUCCCUAAACCUCCACCGAAUCGGUGCCGAGCAUGUGAUAUCUAUUGAUAUUUGCUAUGAGGACGCUCAUCACGGAGUUGAUUCGUUGAAGAAUUAUGCUGAGAGCCACAAGCGUCUAUUUGGGAGGAUAUUUGCUCAUCCUGCUAUUGUCGAAGUUUGGAAAGGUGACAUAAAAGAAUUCCACAAUUGCUUGAAUGAUGUCGAUGUUGUGAUUUGCCUUGAAGUGAUAGAGCAUAUGCCCCUUGAGGAUGCUGACAAGGUGCUUUUCAACAUUCUUCACAACAUAAAGCCCAAAGUAGCGAUAAUCAGCACCCCAAACCACGAAUACAAUCAGAAAUUCCCGGGGAUGGACAAAAAGUUUCGCCACGAUGAUCAUCAUUUCGAAUUCAACACCGUGGAAUUUACUGAAUGGACUGAACGACUUCGCAAGGGCAGUGGGUAUUCAGCCGAGGUCGACUACGUGGGAUAUUUGGAAAACAAUGAAAGCGAUUCGGACGGCGGUUUCUGUCCCUUUGAGCUUCAAGUCAAAUAUGCUGCCAAGUAUGCGAAGGAAAGCGGGAAAGAUCCGGUGCGCGGCGGGGCGACACAGUUUGUCGUGUACAAGAAGGUUGAAGCGCCGACUGUUGACGUUGUGCCCCACCCAAGGGACUCUUCCAGUUAUUCGAGAAUAGGCUGUGUGCUUAUCCCAUAUGGAAAAUCGGCCGUAUUGCGUUUCGCAGCACAGCGAUCCCUUUGCGAUUACCUGGAGGCCGGGAAACACAAUGAGGAAACGUUAGAAUCGUUGUGCGAUCGGACAUACUACCCGGUCUAUUUGCGGAAAGUGAUUGCUGCGGCCGAGCCGAAAUACCAGCGAUUGCUGCGGGAGUACGAAGAGGAAGCAUGCAUCAACAUGUCAAACGGAAGCCAUAACUACAUCGCGGCAAUGUCCAAAGAGGUGGACGGCGAAGCUCAAUGGAUUCUGCAUGUGCCGGAUACGAUCCCCGUCAAGGAAUUGUGUGACUAUCUUCGUGAUGUCGACUAU